AUGCAUCAAGGUUACAGUACUGAUAUUAUCUACACAGAUUUUGCUAAGACAUUCGUCAAAGUCCCGCACAAACGUCUUCUACAUAAACUAAAAGCAUACGGCAUUCACAAAAAGUUGCUACUUUGGAUUAAAAUUUGGCUAAAAGAUCGUAAGCAACGUGUUGUCUUGGGAGAACACGUUUCUGAGUGGAAGAACGUCACAAGUGGAGUUCCGCAGAGUUCUGUUUUGGGGUCACUGCUUUUUAUUAUGUUUAUAAACGAUCUUUCUGAUAGUAUCGUCCACAAAAUAAUGCUGUACGCUGAUGACAGCAAAAUUAUUGGGAUCAUAAAGUCGGCAUCGGAUAACACAACACUUCAGACAGAUAUUGAUACGCGGUUACAUGGUCAAACACUUGGCUCAUGCACUUUAGCAUUGAUAAAUGUAAAGUGA